AUGACAGUUGGAUUUAAUGCAAAACUUUCAAUCCGCGAAGAACUACAAGACGGUAACGAAUAUAUAACCCCCGUAGAGAAAUCCCUUUCCGGACCGUACACUAUAUUCAAUUUAGAUAACAAAAAUUCAAAAAUAUUUGUCGGAAGUAUUCCCAACAAUUAUCAAGUAGCCGAAGGCUUAGAUUCUGGUUCAUUCGAUGGCGAAAUGGAAGAUCUGGUCAUAGGAAACACACCGUUAUCCCUCUGGAACUUUAAUUACGGUUACGAGAACAAUCAUGGUGCUUUGGAACGAAACAAAUUAGUAAAUCUAGCUCCAAGUAACGGUUAUAGAUUUAACGGAAACGGAUACGCAAUUUUAGAUGCUAGAUCGUUACAAUUCAGAUCUAAAUCAACCAUACAACUCUAUUUCAAAACUUUCGCUAAAACCGGGUUACUAUUUUUAGCUGGAAAAGGGAAAACUUUCAUUUCCAUAGAGAUGCAAAAUGGAAAAGUUUUGUAUCAGUAUAAUUUAGGUAACGCUACAAAGAAAUGGGUUACUAGUAACAAUUACAACGAUGGUGCAUGGCAUAAAGUUACCGCAAGUAGAGAUGGAGCUAAAGGAAAAUUAGUGGUAGAUUCCGAAGACGUUAUAGACAGAACAGUACCAGUUAGCGGAGUAACUUUAGAAUUCAUAGAUACAAUAUCAUUCGGAGGAUAUCCUAACAAGCAUAACUACGAAGAUGUAACUGAAAUCAGAUUCGAUGGUUGCAUAACCAACGCGACUAUAAUGGGUGAAGCUAUCGAUUUGCGAAACAACAUUAAAGCAUUCGAUGUAGAACCAGGUUGUCCGGAUAAAUGGUCAUCAAUGGUAUCUUUUAUCAAAGAUGAUAACCAUUACGUCGGAUGGGAUAAGCUAGCUCUAACAAACGAAUUUAACAUGAGUCUUAAAUUCAAAACAAACGAUGAUGACGGGCUUAUUUUUUACAUCUCCGAUUCUACUCAAGAUAACAUUAUAUCUCUAUCAUUAUCAGACGGACAUCUUGUUCUAGUAGAUCAAAAAAUCGAAUUAAAAUCUAAAGGAAUAUACAACGAUAGCCAAUGGCAUGUUGUAUCGGUGAUACAUAAUGAUACAUAUUUGCGAAUGGAUAUAGAUGAUAUGGAAAACCAAGUAACCGAUGCUCAACCUCCGUAUAUUCACACUCUAGCUGCUAGUUUAUAUGUAGGAGGUUUACCGAGAAGAAUUACAACUAAUCCUAAUUCUGUCGCCGCGAAAACUUCUUUCUACGGUUGCAUUGCCGAUCUUACCGUUAACGGUAAAGUGAAGAAUUUCGCUAAUACCACCGAUAGACAUUCUGAAAUGCUGGAUAAAUGCAUUUUCGAUAACGCGCCUGCAGAUAUCGAUCAUUCUUUACCGGAAUUAACACCUAUUGAAACAAUAGAUUACUAUACUACCCCAUCGCAAGAAAUAACCACGGUGAACGCGGAAGGGGAAUUCAAUACAGUUCGCGGUGACGGUGGGAACGAUUUCAGACGACCAAUUAACGAAGUGGAUUUCAAACUUCCAGUUACAGAAGUAAUCACCACCGAAGUUCCUCCGAGAAGAGUUGGAACUUUACCACCGGUAACUUCCCCGCCACCACCUACCGAUAAAUGCGCUUUACCCUUAAGCCCGGUGCAAGAGAAUGUUCAACAAGUUGGUUACAGAUUCGUUAAUCAAGAUAGUAGAUUGGAAUGUAAUAGUCCUAGAGGGAAGUAUAAGAAGAACUUCGAUUUCAGAUUCCAUUUUAAAACGAAAGAAACCGAAGGAAUUUUGUUCUAUAUAUCAGACAGCAGCGCUAGAGUUUCAGCGCAGGAGCAUAAACAUUACGCUGCCGUAUAUCUAUCCGGAGGACAAGUAGUGUUUAGCUUCAGAGGCGACGGUGAUGCUUUGAUAAUCAAAUCGAAAGGAAUUUACAACGAUAGUAAAUGGCAUUUAGUAGAAUUCAACCGCGAACAAGGUAAUGGUAAAUUAGUAAUAGACGAUGAAGAUAUAAGCACCGGCAGCUUGGGUAACAAACCGUUAAUGCUCGACUUGCAUAUACCUUUCUACAUCGGUGGGUUGAAUCCGGAUCACUACAACUCCGUUCAGAUGAAUCUAAAUACAACCGCUUCGUUUUCUGGUUGCAUCAAAGAUAUAUCGAUGAACAGCAAAGCGUUAGAACCGUCAGCGGAGUACGGAGUGAUUCCUUGUUCGGAUGAUGUUGAAAUUGGGACGUUCUUCGGUGGAGAGGCUCAUACGUUCAUGAAACUUAAAGAUAAAUACAAAGUGGGAGUGAUGUUCAGCAUUAAAAUGGAUAUCAAGCCGAGGGUCGAUUCGGGUGUUCUGGUUGCAGCUCACGGCAAGAAAGAUUAUUAUGUUUUAGAAUUAAUUAAUGGUACUGUUAGAUUGCAUGUUGAAAACGGUAAAGGACCUUUUUCGGCUACUUUUGUUCCACCUAAUAACAAUCCGUUCCAUUUAUGCGAUGGGCAAUGGCAUAAUAUACAAGCUGUAAAAUCGAAGAAUGUUGUAACAUUAUCAGUGGACAAUCUAUACACAGAUCCAAGAAUAGGACCGCAUUCAGUAUCUACGGAUACCGGUAGUGCUUUAUUUUUAGGUGGUCACCGAUUUAUUAAAAAAGUUCGAGCCGGUAGUCUAUAUGUAGGAGAUUUACCGAGAAGAAUUACAACCAGUCCUAACUCUGUCGCCGCGAAAACUUCUUUCUACGGUUGCAUUGCCGAUCUUACCGUUAACGGUAAAGUGAAGAAUUUCGCUAAUACCACCGAUAGACAUUCUGAAAUGCUGGAUAAAUGCAUUUUCGAUAACGCGCCUGCAGAUAUCGAUCAUUCUUUACCGGAAUUAACACCUAUUGAAACAAUAGAUUACUACACUACCCCAUCGCAAGAAAUAACUACGUUGAACGCGGAAGGGGAAUUAAAUACAGUUCGCGGUGACGGUGGGAACGAUUUCAGACGGCCAAUUAACGAAGUGGAUUUCACACUUCCAGUUACAGAAGUAAUCACCACCGAAGUUCCUCCGAGAAGAGUUGGAACUUUACCACCGGUAACUUCCCCGCCACCACCUACCGAUAAAUGCGCUUUACCCUUAAGCCCGGUGCAAGAGAAUGUUCAACAAGUUGGUUACAGAUUCGUUAAUCAAGAUAGUAGAUUAGAAUGUAAUAGUCCUAGAGGGAAGUAUAAGAAGAACUUCGAUUUCAGAUUCCAUUUUAAAACGAAAGAAACCGAAGGAAUUUUGUUCUAUAUAUCAGACAGCAGCGCUAGAGUUUCAGCGCAAGAGCAUAAACAUUACGCUGCCGUAUAUCUAUCCGGAGGACAAGUAGUGUUUAGCUUCAGAGGCGACGGUGAUGCUUUGAUAAUCAAAUCGAAAGGAAUUUACAACGAUAGCAAAUGGCAUUUAGUAGAAUUCAACCGCGAACAAGGUAAUGGCAAAUUAGUAAUAGACGAUGAAGAUAUAAGCACCGGCAGCUUGGGUAACAAACCGUUAAUGCUCGACUUGCAUAUACCUUUCUACAUCGGUGGGUUGAAUCCGGAUCACUACAACUCCGUUCAGAUGAACCUCAAUACAACCGCUUCGUUUUCUGGGUGCAUCAAAGAUAUAUCGAUGAACAGCAAAGCGUUAGAACCGUCAGCGGAGUACGGAGUGAUUCCUUGUUCGGAUGAUGUUGAAAUUGGGACGUUCUUCGGUGGAGAGGCUCAUACGUUCAUGAAACUUAAGGAUAAAUACAAAGUAGGAGUGAUGUUCAGCAUUAAAAUGGAUAUCAAGCCGAGGGUCGAUUCGGGUGUUCUGGUUGCAGCUCACGGCAAGAAAGAUUAUUAUGUUUUAGAAUUGAUUAAUGGUACUGUUAGAUUGCAUGUUGAAAACGGUAAAGGACCAUUUUCGGCUACUUUCGUUCCACCUAAUAACAAUCCGUUCCAUUUAUGCGAUGGGCAAUGGCAUAAUAUACAAGAAGAAUUACAACCAGUCCUAACUCUGUCGCAGCGAAAACUUCUUUUCUCCGGUUGCAUUGCCGAUCUUACCGUUAACGGUAAAGUGAAGAAUUUCGCUAAUACCACCGAUAGACAUUCUGAAAUGUUAGAUAAAUGCAUUUUCGAUAACGCACCUGCAGAUAUCGAUCAUUCUUUACCGGAAUUAACACCUAUUGAAACAAUAGAUUACUACACUACCCCAUCGCAAGAAAUAACCACGGUGAACGCGGAAGGGGAAUUAAAUACAGUUCGCGAAGUAAUCACCACCGAAGUUCCUCCGAGAAGAGUUGGUACUUUACCACCGGUAACUUCCCCGCCACCACCUACCGAUAAAUGCGCUUUACCCUUAAGCCCGGUGCAGGAGAAUGUUCAACAAGUUGGUUACAGAUUCGUUAAUCAAGAUAGUAGAUUGGAAUGUAAUUCUCCUAGAGGGAAGUAUAAGAAGAAUUUCGAUUUCAGAUUCCAUUUCAAAACGAAAGAAACCGAAGGUAUUUUGUUCUAUAUAUCAGAUAGUAGCGCUAGAGCUUCAACGCAGGAACAUAAGCAUUACGCUGCCGUAUAUCUAUCCGGAGGACAAGUCGUGUUUAGUUUCAGAGGCGACGGUGAUGCUUUGGUAAUCAAAUCGAAAGGAAUUUACAACGAUAGCAAAUGGCAUUUAGUAGAAUUCAACCGCGAACAAGGUAAUGGCAAAUUAGUAAUAGACGAUGAAGAUAUAAGCACCGGCAGCUUGGGUAACAAACCGUUAAUGCUCGACUUGCAUAUACCUUUCUACAUCGGUGGGUUGAAUCCGGAUCACUACAACUCAGUUCAGAUGAACCUCAAUACAACCGCUUCGUUUUCUGGGUGCAUCAAAGAUAUAUCGAUGAACAGCAAAGCGUUAGAACCGUCAGCGGAGUACGGAGUGAUUCCUUGUUCGGAUGAUGUUGAAAUUGGGACGUUCUUCGGUGGAGAGGCCCAUACGUUCAUGAAACUUAAAGAUAAAUACAAAGUGGGAGUGAUGUUCAGCAUUAAAAUGGAUAUCAAGCCGAGGGUCGAUUCGGGUGUUCUGGUUGCAGCUCACGGCAAGAAAGAUUAUUAUGUUUUAGAAUUAAUUAAUGGUACUGUUAGAUUGCAUGUUGAAAACGGUAAAGGACCUUUUUCGGCUACUUUUGUUCCACCUAAUAACAAUCCGUUCCAUUUAUGCGAUGGGCAAUGGCAUAAUAUACAAGCCGGUAGUUUAUGUGUAGGAGAUUUACCGAGAAGAAUUACAACCAGUCCUAACUCUGUCGCCGCGAAAACUUCUUUCUACGGUUGCAUUGCCGAUCUUACCGUUAACGGGAAAGUGAAAAAUUUCGCUAACACCACCGAUAGACAUUCCGAAAUGCUGGAUAAAUGCAUUUUCGAUAACGCACCUGCAGAUAUCGAUCAUUCUUUACCGGAAUUACCACCUAUUGAAACAAUAGAUUACUAUACUACCCCAUCGCAAGAAAUAACUACGUUGAACGCGGAAGGGGAAUUAAAUACAGUUCGCGGUGACGGCGGAAACGAUUUCAGACGACCAAUUAACGAAGUGGAUUUCGAACCACCAGUUACAGAAGUAAUCCCACCGAAGUUCCUCCGAGAAGAGUUGGUACUUUACCACCGAUUCGUUAAUCAAGAUAGUAGAUUAGAAUGUAAUACUCCUAGAGGGAAGUAUAAGAAGAACUUCGAUUUCAGAUUCCAUUUUAAAACGAAAGAAACCGAAGGUAUUUUGUUCUAUAUAUCAGAUAGCAGCGCUAGAGCUUUAGCGCAGGAGCAUAAACAUUACGCUGCCGUAUAUCUCUCCGGAGGACAAGUAGUGUUUAGCUUCAGAGGCGACGGUGACGCUUUGAUAAUCAAAUCAAAAGGAAUUUACAACGAUAGCAAAUGGCAUUUAGUAGAAUUCAACCGCGAACAAGGUAAUGGCAAAUUAGUGAUAGACGAUGAAGAUAUAAGCACCGGCAGCUUGGGUAACAAACCGUUAAUGCUCGACUUGCAUAUGCCUUUCUACAUCGGUGGGUUGAAUCCGGAUCACUACAACUCCGUUCAGAUGAACCUCAAUACAACGGCUUCGUUUUCUGGGUGCAUCAAAGAUAUAUCGAUGAACAGCAAAGCGUUAGAACCGUCAGCGGAGUACGGAGUGAUUCCUUGUUCGGAUGAUGUUGAAAUUGGGACGUUCUUCGGUGGAGAGGCUCAUACGUUCAUGAAACUUAAAGAUAAAUACAAAGUGGGAGUGAUGUUCAGCAUUAAAAUGGAUAUCAAGCCGAGGGGCGAUUCGGGUGUUCUGGUUGCAGCUCACGGCAAGAAAGAUUAUUACGUUUUAGAAUUGAUUAAUGGUACUGUUAGAUUGCAUGUUGAAAACGGUAAAGGACCAUUUUCGGCUACUUUCGUUCCACCUAAUAACAAUCCGUUCCAUUUAUGCGAUGGGUAA